AUGGUAGUGUUCACCAGUCUUGGAAUGUUCAUCAUCGAUGAGAACGUCUACGAGACGGCUCCUGGCCAGCCCUUACGCGCUCCUGAGUACAACAUUGUUGGAGGUGGCGGGCUGUAUGCCGUGGUAGGAGCUGCGAUGAUUCUGGCCAACCUCGCACUGCAGGUCUCGGGAAUCAUCGAUCAAGGUAAAGACUUCCCUCCACCGGUGCGACGGGAGUUGGACUCGUGGGGCACGGCACUAGUGUUUCGUACUGACCCAGAACGUCUCACCACACGGGGACGCAACACCUACGACCGCUACGGGACUCGUCAUUUUGACUAUCUUACCCCGAAAAAGCGCAUCGAGUUGGCAGACUUGCAUCAACUUCCAUCCCUUCUUCACUCCAAGUGUUUCCACGUGAUCUGCCUGGUGGACAGGUGCCAGGAGUUGGUGGAUGGUAUUCGGGCCGUCAAUUGUGACUCACAGUUCAUUUUCGAGCCGUUACCGACAGAUUGUGUGGCCAGCCGCUGGGAGAAAUUGCACCAACUUCUCCCCCACAUCGACGUAUUCACCCCCAAUUUAGAGGAGGCGUGCUCAUUGAUGGGCAUGUCAGUGGUGCCGACCGAUGUGAGUGCCAUUGAGUCUCUCGCCCGCCGGUACGUGGAUCUAGGUGCUGUUAUCUGCGUGCUACGGUGCGGAGCUCUCGGUUGCGUGGUGGCUACCGCCACAAACACCACCCAUCUCCCAGCGUACCACCAGGACCAGGCGGGUGUGGUAGAUGUAACUGGCGGUGGCAACUCAUUCUGUGGCGGCUUCAUGAUGGGCUUGUACAUCUCCCGUAACCCAGUUGCCGCUGCCAUUUGUGGCAACUUGGUGAGCGGUUGUGUGAUUGAGGCGCUAGGAAUGCCCCAGGUCGAGGCUAGGAAGUGGAACGGUAGAACCAUGGCCGAGCGGUGGGAACAAUACGUCCUGAACGCGGCGGUGGCACAGGUCGCUGUUGCUGCAGAUGUGGACAUGGGAUGGAUCGGGGUAUAG